CAGAUUGGGUUCGGUGGCGGCGGGUGACCGGCGCGCAGGUUCCCGCGCCCGGGAGCGCCGCUGCGUGCGGGUGGCCGGUCGCCCAGCGGCGGCUCUCUGGAGAGGCUGCGGAGCCCCGCGUCGGAAACGCGGCCGUGCCGUGGGCCCCGUCCGCUCCCAUCUCUCCCUGGCUCUUUGUGGAGCACCGCGCCCUGCUCUGCUGUUCACUGCCAUCCUUACGGGUUAGGGUCUGAUAGGGAUUUCGAUAUAGGGUUGUCAGAAGCGUUAAAAACACCUUUCAUUUGCGAAGUGUGAAUAGUAAUGCCCGCAGUUCGGUGAGGUCGUCGUGACGUCCUAAUCUAGCAGAACGUUCUGAGUCCUUGCUGCUGCCCUUUGGCUGUAGCCUGUAUCCCCCUUACUGCACGUAGUGUUAAGCUGGGGCUGCACCCACGGUGAAAACUGUUCCCGGCAACCUUGGGCGUGGCUGCCGGGUGCUGUGGACCUGCCGGCUUCGGCAGCGCCUCCCUAAGCAAGGGAUUGUAGUCAACGUAUGCAGCGAUGUUCCAGUCCCUCUCCCUCCACACUGGGGUUCCUUCUCUUCCACAUUCUUAAUCUCUUACUCUCCCUCACUCAUUUUCUUUUUGUUCCUGGUACAGAAGGUACCCUGUGCUUUGUCUCCUCCGUGCUCUGGCACAAAGCAGUUCCCUCUAACUGGAAUGCAUCUGCGUCCCUACAAGCCUUUCAAGAGAAGGAGAGGCACAACCUCACUGCUCUGAAGUUGAAGGAGUGGAAAGUUCUUCACCAGCCCUGAGACCUCAAGGUUUGUCCAUUUGGGCCAGUCGGGGGAACGGAGUUGGGACCGGUGUUUGUGAAACCAGCUACCCUUGGAAUCUUCUUUGGUCGUAUCAUAUCUAUGCAAGAUUUCACCAUGGGCAGUGGCUAUUACAACAUAGUGGCUGCUGUAUUAUUGGUCAUGAAUUUUGAGAGGACAAGAUCAAUACAGGAUUCCUGUAGUAAAUGCCCAGCUGGGACUUUCUGUGGGAAAAGCGAGGGUCAGAUCUGCAUUCCUUGUCCUCCAAAUAGUUUCUCCAGCACCAGUGGACAAAAGUCCUGUGUCAUAUGCAGGCGGUGUGAAGGUGUUUUCAGGACCAAGAAGAUGUGUUCCCCCAUCAGCAAUGCAGAAUGUGAGUGCAUCUCAGGAUUCCACUGCUUGGGGACAGGAUGUGCCAUGUGUGAACCAGAUUGUAAACAAGGUCAAGAAUUAGCCAAGGAAGGUUGUAAAGACUGUCGCUUUGGGACAUUUAAUGAUCAGAAACAUGGCAGCUGUCAACCCUGGACAAACUGUUCCUUGGAUGGAAAGUCGGUACUUGUGAAUGGGACAAAGGAAAGUGAUGCAGUAUGUGGACCGGCGUUGGCUGACUUCUCUCCAGGUACAACCUCUGCCACCAUGCCUGCCCCUGCAAGAGAUCCAGGUCAUACCCCGCAGAUCACCGUCUUCUUCCUUGCACUGACAUCGGCUGCUGUGCUGUUCCUGGUGUUGUUUCUAGUGCUCCGUUUCUCGAUCCUUAAACGUGGCAGAAAGAAACUCAUGUAUUUAUUCAAACAACCAUUUAUGAGACCAGUACAAACUGCCCAAGAGGAAGAUGCCUGUAGUUGCCGAUUUCCAGAGGAAGAAGAAGGAGACUGUGAGCUGUAAAUCAGGAAUCCAAACCUCCACUGGGCCUGUCUUGAGAAGAAUCACAGGACAAACAUGAUUGAUCCCACCAUCGUAUCUUUCUAAACUGAAGACACCAUCCUAGAUAAGACUCAGGAUUACCCCUAAGUUUCCUCAAAAUGUUAGCAGAUUGGCCUUUAAAAAUGUACCCCUUUUAGCACACGUAUGGGACAGAGUUGGUGGGAAAGGGGCAUUUUCUAGAUAAUGCUUAAUAGGCUUCACUAGUUUGUUUUUGAAAUCCAAAGAGAAUUAUGCUUAAAAUUACAUCAUGUAGGCCAAUGGUCUAGCUAAAAUGACAGUCUAAAAUCAAUUCCAUUUUUUUGAGUGCUAAUAGAACAAAUGACAAAAAGCCAUAAGAUGCAAGAAAUACCCCCAACCAAAUUUUCCAUUGGCUUAGAUAUUCAACACAAUGAGCUCUACUGAUGUGAGGGGGGAUAUUUUGACAGUGCCCAGAUUUGAGGUCAAGGGAAAAAUAGUUCAGAAGUUGAGGAAGAGUUUUAGAAAGAGUUCCAAUGUUUUUGCACAUUUUGUGGUCACCUCCAUCUUCAUAUCUCCUGCUUUGUACUGCUCCUCUCUGAACCAGAGCUUAUGUUUUGGUUCUUUAUUGUUGUUUAAAGUUUUUUUUAUUUAUUACCAAAGUGUAAUUGACAAACCACAUUAUAUCAGUUUCUAUUGUACAACAUAGUGGCUCCACAAUUCUGCACAUUACUCAGAGCUUGCCACAGUAAGUACUGUCCCCAUCUGUCACCAUACGACAUUAUUACAGUAUUACUGACCAUAUUCCUGAUGCUGUACUUUUCAU